UCAUUUUGACAGCUCGGAAAGGCCUCCUCCACGUUGCGUUGCGGAUACGUUCCGUGGUGUUUUGAUAUCGUUUUCCUCCAAUACCGGUUCCCUUCUCAAGGUUCACUUUCCUCGGACAUUGCAGCCAAUGUUUGGUGUCACCUUUGGCACAGUCGUAAAACGAAUAUUGUCCGUCCCGCGUUUAGUGAAGAUGAGUGAUCUGCAGCGCAUUCUAUCCAACAACAAGGCAGCCGAGGAGCUGCUCGAGUCGCUGAAGCAAGAGCUGAAAGUGAUAAAAAAUGAGCAAAUACAACGCAAAAUCGCCAUGUUGCAGACGGAAAAUGAAACGCUUCGCCGGCAGGUCGAUUCCUGUCUGAAGCAGCUGGUCUCGUUGGAGGUGGCGCACGGAAAGGUACAGAUUCCGGUCCCCACGCCGGAUGAAGUACGGGCUGGCAGUGGUCCAGCGACCGUAAAAAUGGAACCCGUCGCACAGCCACCGGCCGCUAAGGAAAGUCCCAAGGAGCAGCCACCGGCCAAGGCACAGCAAAAGCAGAGCGACAGUAAACCACCGAAAGAAAAGAAGCCCAAGAAGGAAAAACCGGCCGGCGGGGAGGGUAAGCCGGCGGCGCCGGCCGUCGAAGAACCACCGAUCGAUGUGGGACGGUUGGAUAUGCGCGUUGGACGCAUCGUGGAAGUUUCGCGCCAUCCCGACGCGGACAGUCUGUACGUGGAGAAGAUCGACUGUGGCGAGCCGAACGGUCCCCGGACGGUGAUUUCCGGGCUGGUGAAGUAUGUGCCGAUUGAGGAGAUGCAGAACCGCAUGGUGGUGGCGCUGUGCAAUCUCAAGCCGGCGAAAAUGCGCGGCAUCCUGUCGGAGGCGAUGGUAAUGUGUGCUUCGACGCCGGACCGGGUAGAGAUUCUGGCUCCACCCGCGGACGCAGUGCCGGGCGAUCUGGUACACGUGGAGGGAUAUCCACGCGUGCCGGAUUCAGUAAUGAACCCGAAGAAGAAGAUCUUCGAAACGGUAGCGCCGGAUUUGAAGACGAACGGUGAGCUCGUGGCGUGCUACAAGGAGGGUUCCUUUGUCGUACCUGGGAAGGGACCGGUCAAAGCACAGACGCUUAAAAAUGUACAAGUAAAGUAAAGGCGGUAGUCGUCCUGUUCGGCGAGGAAUACUCUUUCGUUUCAAUAAACGUUUGUUAGAAUAUUGACUGAA